CUUGAAUCUAUCUGGGAUCUACAGUACAGCGACGGAAACAGGAAGAUGUCUUCGUGGAGCAGGUUCCGGUCCUCUCGGGGUUUCGUGGUUUCGGUCGUUGCAGUGGCGGUGUUUACGGAUGCAUUCAUAUAUGACAUGAUCAUCCCUAUUCUACCCAUUACGCUACAGACUAGGAUCCAUGUUCCUGAAGAAGAGCUCCAGAUGUGGAUGUCCAUACUGCUUGCGGCGUUUGGGGGUGCACUCUUCGUGGGCUCUCCGAUCGUCGGGUACUACGCGGAUAAAAGCCCCUCGCGGCAGUCGCCGUUCCUCGCCGGCCUGCUCACACUCGCCGGAUCGACGGCUGUGUUCUGGUUCUCGGCCUCGCUUGCGAUGUUGGUUCUUGCGCGGGUCUUGCAGGGUCUCUCGGCAGCGGUUGUGUGGACGGUGGGCAUGGCCGUCGUUGUCGAUACAGUCGGCCAGGACAGAGUCGGGGCUGCAAUGGGGAUUGUCUCGACUGCCAUGACGGUGGGGACGGUCACUGGUCCUUUCCUGGGAGGGAUCAUAGUGACGAGAGCAGGAUACCAUGCUGUCCUUUUGAUGGCGAUCGCCUUGAUUGUUUUGGACAUCGUGCUCCGCCUGGCCAUGAUAGAGCCUCAGUCGGCCCCUCAACGCCCUGAUGAUGUCCAAGGUUUGCUGGAUGUUUCUGAUCAGGAUGGCGUUGCCGGCUAUGGGUCUCCUGGCGCAUCGCAAGACCUGGAAAGAAACGACGAGUCCAUUUCCCAGGAGAAACACGCGGCUUUGCCGGGUAUCGUGCGCUUGAUGUGUUCGAGUAGUCUGCUGAUCGUGCUUGGCAGUGCAACCGUCAACGCCUGUUACUUUACAGCAUUUGAUACCGUUCUUCCGUUAUACGUGAUGAAGAUAUUCGGGUGGGGGCCGCAAGGAAUAGGAUUCUGCUUCAUCCCCCUCUUUGCGCCGUCAUUCUUAUCGCCGGUGAUCGGUCACGCCGUGGAUCGUGUCGGCGCACGAACGGUUGCCUCUGUGGGAUUCUUGCUCGACUUUCCCGCCUUCCUGCUGCUGCGAUUCAUCGUCAGGGACUCGACGACGGAUAAAAUCGUUCUCUACCUGCUCCUGCUUGUAGCCGGCUUCGCAUCUACCCUGCAGAUGGUCGCCCUCAUGGUCGAAGUCAACCGCGUCGUGGAGCAAAGGCAGAAGGAGUGCCCUGGUAUCUUCGGACAGAAAGGGGGCACCGCUCAGGGAUACGGCCUCUUCAACGUCGCCUGGUCCGGCGGACAGGUCUUGGGGCCACUGCUGGCGGGGGUUCUCAUCGACCACUUCGGAUGGGGGACGAUGGUCUGCACUUUUGGUGUCCUCAGCGCCAUCACUGCUGCGCUCCUUGCCGGUGCGGAUGGAAAGGUCAUACGGCGUCUUUGGGGGGGUAGGGAGGAUGACUGUGAGGAUAUAUUACACACCACUGCGUAG